AUGCGGCGGGGCAAAGAGCGCUGGACGCACGCAGACGACGAGCGUCUGAGCCGCGCCCUACUGACUGUAUUUGCCAACCGCGGAGAGCCGGUUGUGCUCAGCGACAACUGCGCGCUCUGGAAACGCGUCCAGCAGCACUACCAGGACUUCAUGACGGCCGAGCCAGACGCGAUAGCCGCAGUGCGUAGCGUACGCUCUCUACACACGCGAUGGGCACGGGGCAUUCGUCCGGACUUGAUCCUAUUCGUGUCGCUCCUUCACAAGAUGCAAAAGACUGGUAUGGGGACUGGCAAGGCUGUUGAACAGGCCGUCCGGCUGUUCCGAGAGCAACGGAGCGAGAGCAACGCACUCGCGGUGCGUCAAUUCGUGCAGAAGCGGCAGCGGACGUCCGUAGCGAGUGGCGGUGAUGGCGACUCGGAGACGGACUCGAGUCGUCCGAAGCUUCGCUUUGAAUCCUUCCACUUUCUGCACUGCUACGAUAUUCUAUGCUCGAAUUCGGCGUUUCUGAAGGUGCUGCUGGACCAAAGCAGGAUGAAUGGGGGCAACUUGUCGCAGCGAAAGCGACGUCAAACAGAGGCAGGGAUCGAAUUGAAGGGGGAGUCCAAAACUUCAGCUGUACGUGACAGUUGUACGAUAGAAACGAAGCGGGUGUCAACACUUCGAGUUCCACCUACUACUCGGGUUGAAGGGGCUGAGGUGAGUUCUUCUAGUAGCCAGCGUAUUCAUCAGCACCCGCCAACUGUUCGACACCUUCAAGCGAGUGAUCGGGAAAUGAUCCAUUCUCAUAGCGCAGCACAACCGGAUUCCAGCAGCGUGGUCAUCACUUUCAACAACGUAAAUGACGAUUUUGACGUCUCCCGUGUGGAGUGCGACCGUGCAGUGGCCAAUGAAUACGUCCGCUUGCGAAUGCAGACACUUCAGGAAGACCGCCGCUUGAAACUGCUGGCUGAGCUUCGAGGCGUCGUAGCAACGAUUGCCCAGCUUGCCCAGCAGCUUGCUUGGGACGGGGUGGCAUCAGCAGCACUGGCUGCACAGACAGGGGUGGCCUGUAUCGCAUCAAACCAGGGCGUGUUGCGUGACAUCGCGUUCUUCCGCCACGAGAAACAGCGGCUGAAGCGACGAAUAGCGGCGCUUGACGGCUCUUUGAACAGAGAUCGAGCGGUGCCGACCGACCUGAGACAGAGUAGACAGCAGAACUGA